AUGCCAGUCAAGAGAAGGAAACUAGACUCCCCCGCCCCCACCGCCUCACCAAAGCCGCCCGCCCGGACAGACAAGCCGCUCAGCGCCAUCGCCGCCGCGCGCCUGCGCGCCGAAGCCGCCAAAACCGCUGCUGAGAAGGAAGCCACCCCAGAGCCGCAAGCCGCAGCGAGUCCCGCCCCUGCGCUCACGCCAGAGCAUGCCGCCUCCCCAGCCCCAGACUCGCCCUCUGAGUCUGAGUCCGACAGUUCACCACCGCCCGCCCGCGCCACCAAACUCAGCACCUGGACGCACGCGCCCUCCGCCAUCCACGCCGAGACCGCCGCAGAACUAACCAUCACGCUCGCGAAGAACAGCACCAUUGCGCUGCUCGGCACCUUCGAUCUGCACGUGCUCCGGGGCGCAAUCAACAUUGACGGCGCGAACCUGGGCGCUGUGACGCGCGACGGCGAGCGCGCGGGGCCGUGGCGCGUAAGUGUGCCUGCGACGCACCCUGUGCUGAAGAUCAGGGGCUUGGAUGGCGAGAAUCGGGUGCGGUUUGUGGGGUGCGAGGACGCAGGGAUGGGGCGGUUGGGGAGCGUGUGGGAGGGUUUGUGGAAUGAGGGGGUAGCGGGGGAGAGAGGGCGGUCGUUUGGGGUGAUCACAACUACAGCAGAGGACCCCCUCGGGCGCCCGCUGCAGCCCCAUGCCGCGCCUGAGACCUGGCUGCGCGCCGUGGAGGACUGCGCCGCCGUACCGAACACCACGCUCGUGGCCGGCCUGCCCGAGACCGGGAAAUCCUCUUUCUGCACACGCCUGAUCAACCGCUACCUGACGGGCCUGGGGCGUACGAAGCCCGCGGUGCCCGCGGUCGCGUUUCUCGAUCUCGACCCCGGCGCGCAGGAGUACGCGCCACCAGGCCAGAUCGCGCUGGUCGUCGUGCGCGAGCUGAACCUGGGGCCGACGUUUGCGCAUCCUGUGGCCGCGGGGGGCGAGGGGGCCGAGGUGAAUGAGACAGUGCGCGCGCAUGUCGUGCCGCUGGAGCUCGGCGACUAUCAGGACUACUAUGCCGCGUGUGUCGAGGACCUGUGUCUUGCGUUCCGGGCGCUGAGUGCGCGCGAUCCAGCGCUGUCGCUGGUGAUCAACACGCCGGGGUGGUUGGCGACAACGCACAGCGCGAUUCUGACGCAGCUGGUGCGGCGCUGCAAACCGCAGCAGAUCGUACAGAUGGGCGACGAGCCGCUGCCGGCGCUACGCGACACGAGCGUAAAGCAUAGCACCCUGCACACCAUCACCGCACAGCGCGCACUCGCCACUCCAUACCGCUCACCCGCCGCUCUCCGCGCAAUGGCGACGCAGUCCUACUUCCAUCUCGCGACCGUCGCACCUCCAACCUGGAGUGCUGCGCCGCUCACCACCCUGCGACCCUGGGAAUUCGCAUAUCGCUCGACGCCAACGCACAGACAGUCGCUCGUCGGCUUCCUGGCGCUGACCACCCCGCCCCCUGCCUCCGCACUCUUGCACUACCUCUCCGGCGCGGUAAUCCACAUCCUACAGACACCCGCCCCGCAGACCACGCUGCCACGCACGCCCAUCUCGCAAAUCCCGUACUUUCCGCUCGACGCAGCAACGGGCGUUGUUACACCACCCGAUCCGCGUGCCACGCGCCUCAUAUGCGUGGCGCUGGUGCGCGGCUUCGACCCGGUGCGCGGCGUGGUGCAGGUGCUUGUGCCGCGGGCGCUGGACGGCGCGAUGGCGGAGCUACAGGCUGAGCGGACCGUGUUCGCGGUGGGGUGUUGCGAGAGGCCUGGGUGGGCGUAUGUGGAAGACGCGUAUGUGCGGCAGUACGAGGAAGAAGCUGGGGAGCGGAGGUUCGGUGGAGACGAGGACGAGGAAACGCCGGUAUGGGUAGAGCGAGAAGGGGUGAUUGACGGGAUGGGGUACAUGGGAGCGGAGCGGCGGGUGCGGAAAUUCAUUACAGGGGAGAAGGAAAAGCGCUGAGAUAGAACUUGUUUUCUACUCGACU